AUGAACUUGGAGAUGAGUGCUUCUAUUGAGGAUCAGAAUAAUAUCAGAGAGUGGCAUAUUGACAUUGAGGAGCAUAUUGACAUUGAGGAUACCUUGGAGUGGACUAAUCAAGGGUAUUGUAUUUUCAGGGUUCCUCAAAGUAUUCGGAAAGUAAACGAAGAAGCUUACACUCCUAAAUUGAUUUCAAUAGGCCCUUUUCAUCAUGGUAAAGAAGAAUUAGCUGAAAUGGAGAAACAAAAACCAAGAUAUAUGGAAAGUUUCCUUAAACGUAUAACUAUGAUAAAGAUGGAGGAAAUUUCAGCCUUCGUAAAGAACAAGGAACAAUGUAUUCGUAAUUGUUAUGCUGAGACGUUCAUGGUUCCGAGGGAUGAGUUUGUAAAGAUGAUUCUAGAUGAUGCAAUUUUCAUCGUCGAGCUCUUUUGGAGGCAUCACAAAGGUGAUACAAGUGAUCUUUUGCAAAAUAUACCUGUCGUGCAUAAUGCUUUAAAAUUCGAUUUUCAGUUACUCGAAAAUCAACUUCCAUACUUUGUCCUCGAGAAAGUGUAUAAGUUAGCUUUUGUUGGCCCUGGCAUUGCUGACAAUCCUUCCUUCAUGGAUCUUUCUUAUAAGUUCUUCGGGGGCUACUUGUUCAAGAGCUUGCCCAGGUCACCUAUGGAAGUUAAACAUUUCACCGAUUUGAGAAGAAGUGUUCUACUGAUCAAGGAAGGCUGCUUUUCUAAUAGUCGGAGUGACUCGAGAGUGAAUUCUAAUGUAAAUAUUGGAAGUUUACCUUGUGCAGUGAAGCUACGUGAGUCAGGAGUGAAGUUUAUAGGAAUUGAAAGAAAAGAUUUACUUGACAUAAGAUUUAGAAAACGGUCAUUUUUCAACAUUCAUGACCAAUUGCAAAUACCAUGUUUGGAAGUAAGAGAUGAGACAGAAUGUUUAUUUAGAAACAUAAUGGCUUUGGAGCAGUGUUACUACUCAUUUGAUACUCGGAUUUGCAAUUACGUUGAUAUGAUAGACUGUCUUAUAAAUACUGAGAGAGAUGUGGAUUUGCUUGUUGGAAAGGGAAUAAUUUCCAAUCAUUUGGGGGAUAAUGCUUCAGUAGCUAAUAUGUUUAACAAACUUUGUUCUCAAAUUUGUUUAAGUAAUUCUUGUUACUAUAACCUUUGCGAGGAAUUGAAGGCACACUAUAACAAUCGUUGGAACAAAACCAAGGCAAAGUUGAGGAGUGUGUAUUUCAGCAAUGUUUGGAGAGGCACGGCAACAAUUGCCGCAAUUAUAAUCUUGUUGUUAACUAUCCUACAAACAAUAUGUUCUAUAAUGCAAGUAAUUUGA